UCGCAGGGCACCACACCGGAGAUGUUCCCCGGUGUCGCCACGGAGGAGGUAUGCGGACCUGUGCGCGAUGGUGGGGCCGAGGUAGUCUCCCCCUCCGCUCGGGAAUUCUACUUCUUUUAAUCCCACCGUUUCUCCUCGCGCUCCAGCUCCUCGUUGUGGUCGGGCCGCGGCUACCUCGAGCCGGAAGGGUCGCGGCGGCGGCGGCGACGGAGGAGGAGCGUGAGGGCGCGGUUGCCUUUUCCGUUAUCAGCAUCGAACCGGAGAGGAACUCGCGCCGUUGGGGAGCCCCGUCCCGGCGACCGGGUUUGAAGGAAGAGGAUGAGGAGGAGGUGGUAGAGGUGGAAGAUGGGGAAAGGAGGGAGGGGACACGAGCCUAUGAGGAUGAGAACGAAAUACACUGGCGCCAGGUUGGAUCCAGAGCACUGGAGGUGCAGCCGUGGGCGGCCGACAAGCCGUCAUUCGCAGCAGAACUCAGUCGUAUCAUCACAUACAUCACCAGCCCACAGCUGAACUGCUCCAGGGUUUUAUCUCCAGGUCAGGCUCAGGCCUCGCAGCCCCCUGUACCUUCACACCACUGGCUGCUGUGUGCCGAGGACUGGCUCCUUCCAGCUGCAGACAGACCAUGUGUUGCAUACUCCUUCAGUAUGGAUGGAAGAGAUGCAGACUUUCUAAAGACUGUGUCAGGGCUAGGAUGUGAAGUGCACAGUUUCGAUCCCAGCAACUCCAACAAAUCUUAUGGUCACCUUGGCAACAGUUUGGCUAGUAACCAUGGUGAUGGAGGUGUGGUUAGCCAGCACAAGAUGUGGCUGGAGUGGCGCGCUCCAAGGAAGCGCAAGCACAAGACAAGAGGCAACCUGGGUAGUGUUUCUCAAACACUGGCAGACAUCAUGGCAGCUCUGGGACAUCACACAGUUCACUUUCUAUAUGCUGACCUGCUCAGUGCUGAGUGGCGAGUUUUCCAGAACUGGAUUGAGUCAGGAACUCUGCAGAGUGUCCAUCAUCUGGUUGCCACAGUGCACCUGCAGUGGGCCGGGUUUGAGGUGGGAGGAACUGAUGAGGAAGUGCUCCGCUAUUGGUUCAGCAUCCUACAGGGUCUCCACGCAUCUGGAUUCAAGCUGGUCCACAGCUCUGCAGGAGAGGGUCACAGUGUCCUUAAACGGACAGUAGCAAAUGCUCACAGCUCCUACACACUCAGCUGGGUCAACACAAGACACUGACACUCACACACGAAUGGGCACAGGUGUACACACAUGACUAGACAUUGUGGAUGGCCUCAAACAAAAAGGAGAGGAGGCUUUACAUAGUUGGUGAAGUUUCUUACAAAACUUUUUUCCCCUUUCAUUUCAAGCACACACAUUCCUUGACAUGACAUCUCCCUCUAGUGGAGAUGAAAGGAUCUUCCCUUUUUAUGACUCCACCCUCAGAGGGAAACACUGUUGUCUGUACAUAAUAGUGGCUAAUUUGACUAAAUAUGGAGCAGAAGGGAGGCUUGCUGAUUUAACUGGGCAACAGCGCAAUAAUAUGAUAAUUACAGCCACAGAUUUUACUUUGUCUCACUUGUAACAUAAAAAAACAGCAAAUAUGUAAAUUGUAGCUUCUGCUGGAUUGUGUCCUGAUUACUCCAAAAUACCAAACAGCUGUCUAGUAGCCAUCGACACAUUUCACUUCUUUUUUUUUUUUUUUAGUU